GCCGCGGAGGGAGGGUGUACUAUACGCGCCGCUCCCGGAUUAUCUAUCUACCCACUUAUCUAUCGCGUGUCCAUCCGUGUGUCUGUUGUUAGCGACGUGAAGGUAGUGAUGCAAGCCUCUUGAGAACAACAGUGUGUGCGAGGAGGGAAGAGUUUGCAGCCCCGCCUCAACCCCAGCGGUGAUGGUGGGAAUGAUGGGAGGGAAAAUAAAUGAAUAAGGAAGGAUUUAUUGAAUAGUGAAUGUGCUGAAAACUUAGUGAUAAGACAAUAACAACAAUAAGAAGAACAACAACAACUACUACUACAAGAUUAAGAACUACAACAAUGACGACAAUUACUUCGGUUGAUGAUUAAGAAACAUUUAGACUGCGGAAAGGUGGAUGAUACAACAAUAACAACAACAACAACAACAACAACAACAACAACAACAACAACAACAAGGGCUUCUACAACAACAACGACUACAACACUAUAAUAAUCAGUGUUCUUGAAACUACGACGCAAUCAUCUCAAGACAGCUGGGGGAGAUGUGGCGCCUUCUCACCAUAGCCCCGGAUGAUGUGAGGCACUUCAACAAUGGACACGUCUCCCCAACAAACAAUCAUUCUCUCUAACAUGGACACAUUUUCUUUAAUCGCGGUCGAAGUUAACCGCAAACUCGCAAGAACUCGCUGGAAAAGACCCUCUCUCACCACUGUCCUUCUAGUCUACCUCACUGUGACCUCUGCCCUUGUAACCAUAGCAUACGGGGAGCAGAGGUUCGUGCAGCAGCCUGAGAACGUGACGGUGAAGCACGGGGAGAGUGUGACGCUGCCGUGCAAGAUAGCAGACAGGAAGGGCGCCGUGCAGUGGACCAAGGAUGGGUUUGGUUUGGGCACGGACAAGGAUCUUCUAGGAUUCAGCCGCUACCGUAUGAAUGUGGACGAGACAGCAGGCGUGUACAAUCUCCACAUCCAGCCAGUGUUGGUGGAGGACGACGCCCGUUACCAGUGCCAGGUGGGUGGCGCGGAGGGGGAGCGUCACCUGAAGAGUGCCACCGCCACCCUCACAGUUCACUUCCCCCCCACGGACUCCCCCGACCAGGUAUACCUGGACACUAGCUCGCCCAUGGAGACCACGUCUGGCUCACCUGUGCGGAUUACCUGCGAGGCUGGAUUGAGCGCUCCUGCCUCAGAGAUUGAAUGGUACAUGAACGGCAAGGAGGGCGUGAGCGGCGGCAAAGUGAACACCACCAAGACACCGCAACACAACAGCAUCCUCGUGGCGGUGAAGAGCCGGCUGGACCUCACGCCGGAGAAGAAGCACCACCAAGCUAACAUAUCGUGCGAGGUGCGACACAAGGCUCUAGAGACGCCCAUUGUGAGGAGCGUGGUCAUGUCAGUCAAGUACCCCCCAGACCCGACCAUCACUGUUGACUCCGCGAAGAUACAGGAGAAGGAUGAUGUGAUGUUCAAGUGCGAGGCAGAGGCUAACCCGCCCACACUGCGGUACCGGUGGGAGGUGAACGGCGUGGCGGUGGUGGGCGAUCACACGGCCCACUACCUCAUGACACACGUCGACCGCUCCUCUAACGGCGCGAAAGUGGCGUGCAUCGCAGCCAACGACAUCGGCACCAACAAAGCGGAACAUACUCUCAGCGUACAGUACGCGCCUCGAUUCAAGACAGAACCAGAAGACCACGACGCUGACAACGGCAAGAACCUCACCCUGACCUGUAAUGUGGACGGCAACCCACCCCCGGAGAUUGUGUGGCUGCACGAGGAGGGGAAGAAGGUCAUCAAUUUGGGCUCCAGGAUGACCUUCACUGUGACCCCCGAGACAGUGGGGACUUAUCACUGUCGCGCCGCCGUCACUGGAUUUCCAGAGGAGUCCCGGUCAAUGCGAGUGUACAUGCGCGGCGCCCCGGUGGUGGUGGAGGCGGCGGAGCAGUUCGGAAUGGAAGGGGACGACGUGAAAGUGGAGUGCAUGGUGGAGGGGAUGCCGCGCCCUGACCGAGUGGAAUGGGCAAAGGGACGCCGCCCCCUGAAUACAAACACCUCCCGCUACACUGCCCUGACGGAGGCGGUGAGCGGCGGCCUGAAGGCGACGCUGGUGGUGCGGGAUGCAGAAGAGGCAGACUUCGGAGAGUAUAACUGCACGGCGAGAAACACAUACGGUUCUCAUACUGGCGUUAUCUUCCUCAAAAGACAACUCUGCUAUAUGGACAAGGAACUGGCUAUUAAGAUUGCCUUCAGAGAGAGCCUCCCGCUGGUGACGACGCUCGUGGCUAUUAUUGGAGGCAUCGUGUUCCUGGUGGUGGUGGUGGUGGUGAUCGUGUUGUUCAAGAAGAAAGGCCGCACGUACAAAGACCCGGGCCUGGAGAAGAACAGCAUGCGCUCCUCCGACCUCUCCUCCACCCACGACUCGGUGCUGAAGGUGGAGACGCGCACGGCAACAGGCAGCGACCUCUCCCCGUCCGAGGAAGAGGACUACAGCUCACAUGAUGACUGGGAGAGUGGCGACGGGUGCGGAGUGAGACGCCCGCCGCUGCCCAGAGACCCAUUGUGUUACUCUGCCGUGGAUUACACCGAUACUGUCUUCCCGCUAAAGGACCACCCCAACAACAACACCAGCGGCGGUUACAUCAAGUACUAUUCCCGUGACUACGACCCCCCGCCGCCUCCGCCUCUCUCCUUCAACCGGAACUCAAUCUACACCACGAAUCAGGGUGGCGGCGCGGCGCUCAACAAUGUGGACCCUCGCUACUCCGCCGCCUACGGGAACCCCUACCUGAGGGUGCCAAGUAGGACGGGCACCCAGGGGAUCUACGGCAGCAGCGGCGGGUUGGACACUGGCACCGUGACAGGGGGAAUGUCACAGCCGCCCCAGCCAAGCCUGUUCGUCACUGCAGCGUCUCAGCCACAUAUCAUGAACAACAACAACAAUAACAACACUCUGAACAACACCAGCGCCAUCUACGGCCAGAAUCGUAACAACCUGCGUCUGAGUGCCAACCUUAACAACCAGUACAUCACCAUGCCACAAGGGGACGGCCGCAACAGUGUUCACGGCACCCAUAUAUGAGGGUUCCCGCCGCCAUGACUCACAGGUGGAGCAUUCGCGGUAUAGUGGCAAGCAAGCCCCGCCUCCUUCCCUCGUAGCGACAGGCAAUCACAACAGUGUUCGCAGACAGGCACCAAUUAUAUUUAUUCGGGACGGGGUUGUGGGAGGGACUCAGGCACCAGUCAGCCAAUGAAGUGCCUCUAGCAACGGGGAAGAAAGGAGGUCUUGAGGGUAAGAGGAAGGGUAGGGCUUGUUAUCAGUGUUACCAAACUGGACACCAACCUCCCCCUCCUUGACCCCUUCCUUCAAGCCAGUGUGUGUAUAUACGUACAUGUAUUUACAUCUAUCUCUAGUGUAAGUAUUUUCCUUGAGGUAGCUUAAGAACACUAAGGUUGCUUAAUAAGACGCCGGGAGGAGAGGAAGGUGGCUCCGUAUGUGUCUUGCCAAACAAGUACUUAAGGUUAAUUCUUUGUUGCUUCCACACUCAACUUGUUAAUAGUAUGAAAUUAUAUAAACACUGUAGCCUUUUAACGCCUCUUUGUAAAUAGAACGGUUUCAAAUAUUAUUAUAGUUUGAAACGGGAACAGAGAAAAGGAAAGUCUUGGAGUUUUUAAUCAAGUAAGAGAAAAUAGUGUUGCUCAAGAAAUCACUGUAAUCAUCAGGAGGUCAGAGGCUCCAGUUGAACCAAAGAGAGUGUGUGUGUGUGUGUGUGUGUGUGUGUGUGUGUGUGUGUGUGUGUGUGUGUUGCUAUUACACCAUCCAUCCUGACACAUCAAAACAUAAUAUGCAAUCAAUAUUCAACGCCUUCACACACACACACACACACACACACACACACACACACACACACACACACACACACACACACACACACACACACACACACACACACAC